AUGGAGAUAUUUGUGGAUAGAAACGAAGGCAACGUUGUUGAUCAUUCCAACUUUUGCUAUGUUCAUGAAAAAUACAUCAAUAUCCUCUUCCCUGGGCUCUCUCGCUCUGAAAGUGGAAACUUGGAAAUUAAUAUUUUCGAUCUACAAUUUGACCUUCGGUCGUUGGUUACGUCUAACGUCAACAAAAACAAACCUUUGAUUGACUUUGAUGGUUUAUCGGAUCAGUUCUCCUUUGUACUCCGACAAGUAAACAUUGAAGGUCUCUCAAGAUGUUUUUGCUACAAGUAUCAACCAAGACUUAAAAACAUCAUUGUAAUCGUGCGCGAAGCAAUGAUGAAAUCGAGUGUUAGUAUCGCUAAAAUAAAAAUCCAAAAUUCGCGAAGUAGAAGCAGUGUUUGUUCGUCCGCGUUUCGCGAUUUAAACAACAAGUGAAUUUACAUCGAUUGCGUGCAAUGCAGUCGUUAGAGUCAGUGUUUGCUCGCAAAGUUUUUUGCUUUUUUAACAGUCGCACAGACUGUAUUUAUAAAAGAUAGUAGAGUUCCGCGAAAUAAAUUCAGUGAUCGUCCGUUAAUAAAUAACUACCGUGAAUUAAAAUCAGUGCAUCACUGAAGAGGAUUUCAACCAACAUCGAUGUCGACCUACCUCAUUUUCAACCAACUACAAAUCAUCCACCCUCAAUUUCGACCUAAAUCGUGGACGAGUGUUUUGGAGCCAUCGCAGAACUUCUUAAGUAGCAAGUGAAUUUUUAAGUUCCUCCGAUCACUCAACCAUGUCGAGGACGAAAGGUCCGAAUCGGCACGAGUGAUUGGUUGUAAUUAAUUAUUAAAAGAGCAUUGAGUGACCACGAGUAAAUUUCUUCGGAGAUUUACUCGUGAAUGGUUUCUAUAUUUAUUAGAUCAGGAUAGGGUCUUCUUGUUCAAACGCGUUAAUUGUAACUAUUUGACAUGUUUUUAAUUAAUUUAAAUUCUUUUUUGCGAAAAUAGUAAAAAAAGAAAACAAUAUUUACGAGUUCUAAUAAAAAACGAGCAAGAAGACAUUCGCGAUGGAUAAUCUCUGGAUUACAAGCGAAAUUGUAUAAUUUAUUUUUUAAUAAUUAGAAUAAUCGCUUGUAAGAAGGAGUGUCCAAAGAUUUUUUAUUAUAUUUUUAAAUAAAAUUGAUAAAAGAAAUGUCUCAGUAGAGUCAUUGCUUUUGAUUGAAAAAAGUCGAGUAGAGUCAUUCCUUUUGAAAGAGUAAAGUCGAGUAGAGUCAUUGAUAAAAGAUAAAGAGACUUGUAAAAUCACAACCCGUGUAGUUUAAAAUAAAUUAAUCAGUUUUUAGCUUAGUAUUUUCAGCAAUUAAUACAUUUAUUCUCGUUUCUCUCAAUUUUUCGUUUCAGGAUUGUUUUAGAGUUGCGUUAGAUUUAUCACUUUUUUCUACGUUUUAGAAAAAGGUUUUAGUUUUUUUGGCAUUAUUAAAUAUUUUAUAGUAGUGGUUAAGACACGAAGAAGAGGCUAUAUGCCGAAGAGCUUGCACAAAUUGUGGCUCAAGAGGGCCCAACUAUUAGUUAUUUUCGAAGGUUCAACAGAACUCUUCGAGAAUGGCUCUUAGUCGUAUUUUCAUUUUACCAUGUUGUUCACUCAAAAUGCUCUUAUAUAAUAAUAAUGUUGAUUUCAGAAACUGAAACGACGUAACAUUCCAUUUCUCAUGCCGCAUUUUCUGCAUUGUUAUUAUUAAAGUCAAGUAAUAAAUUUUUCGCAUAUUUUUUUUGAAGUUCAAUU